AUGCUGAUGGCGGUGUGUAUCUGUGUGUGUGGUGUUGUACAGGAAGCUGCUCUGAGAGGAAUUAAGUGGAAUUUUGUCGCCAAAGCGGAGAAGCAGUUGUCCCUGGCUAUCGGGGACACAGUGCACAUACAGGAGUCAUGUGAAGGAUGGUUUAAAGGUUACGUGAUCAAGGACAAAGAGAAAAAAUCCAGUAAGAAGGAGCGUUUCAGUCAGGUGCAGCGGCUGAUGUGGGAUCUGAUGGAGUGGCGUUCACAGCUCCUGUCCGGGACGCUGCCGAGUGACGAGUUCAAGGAGCUCAAACAGAAAGUCACCUCAAAGAUCGACUACGGAAAUAAGAUCUUGGAGCUGGAUGUGGUGGUACGGGACACCGAUGGGAAUAUUCUGGACCCAGAGCGCGCAAGCGUCAUCAGCCUCUUCAGAGCACACGAGGAUGCUACGGCCAAGAUCACAGAGCGCAUUAAAGAGGAACAGUCCAACGUUCAGCUGGAUCAUUCUGGAGUAUCCGCACGGAUCCAGUCUUCUCCCACUCACAGCCUGUAUGUCUUUGUGCGUAACUUUGUGUGUCGUAUCGGUGAGGAUUCGGAGCUCUUCAUGUCUCUUUACGACCCCAACAAACAGACCAACAUCAGUGAGAAUUAUUUGGUCCGAUGGGGAGAUAAAGGUUUGCCCAAGGACAUUGAGAUGCUCAACAGUCUGAAGGUGGUCUUUACAGCAUAUUCAAAUGGCGGACCGCGGUCCGGAUCUGGACCUCUGCUUGGUUCCAACCGGGCCGCGAGACAUAAUGGCAACGGCAGCACCAUUUUACCAUUUCUAAAUGAAGUGAGCAGCACUUCAAAACAACGGAGCGGUUCAAACCACAAGCGCUCAGGGGUUAUAGCUGAGAAUGACUUUCUUCACACUCUCCUCAACAAAGUAACAACGUCGCGAGGUGACUGCGGAGGUCAAGGUCUGUGGGUCACCAUGAAAGCUCUAGUGGGAGACAUCGUCCAGAUCCGAAAGGAAUAUCCCCACCUGGUGGACCGGAGCACCGUGGUUGCGCGAAAACUGGGUUUUCCCGAGAUCAUCAUGCCGGGUGACAUCCGCAAUGACAUCUACCUCACGCUGCACUCCGGAGACUUCGACAAGUACAACAAAACCACACAGAAGAACGUGGAGGUCAUUAUGCUGGUGUGUGACGAGGAGGGGAAGGUUGUGCCGAACUCAAUCUGUCUGGGAGCUGGAGAUCGGCCUGUAAAUGAAUAUAGAUAUUUAUUCAUGGUUAUAGCUGAGAAUGACUUUCUUCACACUCUCCUCAACAAAGUAACAACGUCGCGAGGUGACUGCGGAGGUCAAGGUCUGUGGGUCACCAUGAAAGCUCUAGUGGGAGACAUCGUCCAGAUCCGAAAGGAAUAUCCCCACCUGGUGGACCGGAGCACCGUGGUUGCGCGAAAACUGGGUUUUCCCGAGAUCAUCAUGCCGGGUGACAUCCGCAAUGACAUCUACCUCACGCUGCACUCCGGAGACUUCGACAAGUACAACAAAACCACACAGAAGAACGUGGAGGUCAUUAUGCUGGUGUGUGACGAGGAGGGGAAGGUUGUGCCGAACUCAAUCUGUCUGGGAGCUGGAGAUCGGCCUGUAAAUGAAUAUAGAUCAGUCAUUUACUACCAGAUCAAACAACCUCGCUGGAUGGAAACUUUUAAGGUGGCGAUUCCUCUGGAGGAGAUGCCCAGAAUCCACCUGCGCUUCAUGUUCCGUCAUCGAUCCUCACAGGAGUGUGGCGAUUCCUCUGGAGGAGAUGCCCAGAAUCCACCUGCGCUUCAUGUUCCGUCAUCGAUCCUCACAGGAGUGUAA